AUGGCGAGUGAAGAAGUGAAGGUGAUCGGUGCAUGGGCGAGUCCCUUUGUGAUGAGACCGAGGAUUGCUCUAAACCUCAAGUCUGUUCCUUACGAGUUCCUCGAGGAGCCGUUUGGAUCUAAGAGCGAGUUGCUUCUCAAAUCAAACCCGGUUCACAAGAAGAUCCCGGUUCUGCUCCACGGUGACAAAUCGGUCUGUGAGUCCAACAUCAUCGUUGAGUAUAUCGAUGAGACUUGGAGCUCAUCUGGACCGUCUAUUCUACCUUCCCAUCCUUACGACCGGGCAAUCGCUCGGUUCUGGGCUGCUUACAUCGACGAAAAGUGGUUUGUCCCUCUAAGAAACAUCCUAAAAGCUGAAGGAGAAGAAGAAAAGAAAGCGGUGAUAGCUCAAGUGGAAGAAGGGAACGCGCUUCUCGAGAAGGCUUUCAUCGAUUGCAGCAAAGGAAAACCGUUCUUCAACGGUGAUCACAUCGGUUACCUCGACAUUGCCUUCGGUUGCUUCUUGGGUUGGUUGAGAGUCACCGGGUUAGCAGCUGGUCAUAAACUUCUUGAUGAGGCAAAGACACCUUCUCUGUCCAAAUGGGCUGAGCGGUUCUGUAAUGAUCCCGCUGUGAAACCUGUCAUGCCAGAGACUGCGACGCUAGCUGAGUUCGCUAAGAAGAUCUUUGCCAAGCCACAGGCUUAA